AUGCAAUCAUCUUCCAUUUUGUUCUUUGGUAGUUUUCAGUCAUCAUUUCUCCAUUCUCAUUCUCUAAAGCAUCCAGGAUGGGAUCCUAUUACAGGAAAGCUAAGUUGUUCAAAUGAGUGGUGGGAUAGAAAAAUUAAGGAGAAACCUGAGGCUAAAAAAUUUCGUAAUAAAUCAAUAGAUCCUUCAAUUGAGGAAUACUGGAAUCAACUUUUUGAUGAUAGUUAUGCAAGCGGCGAAGAAGUUGUUGCACCCUCUGUGAAUUCUGAUUUUGUGGAACCUGUAGAACAUUUUAAUGGCGGGGAAGAGGAUAAAGAAAGUGAUGGAAAAGACAACCAUCAUUAUGAAAGUGGCACUCAAGUAUCUAAACAAGGUGUUAGAGGCACCCAAGUACCAACCCAAAGUAUUAGAGAUACACAAGUACCAAACCAAGGUAUUGGAGAUACACAAGUACCAAGUCCUGUUGAAAGUACCAAUAGAGUUGAACAAACACAAAACAUGGCUAACAAACCUAUUAAGUUUUGUGAAGAUUUACAAACAAAAUAUGGGUUACAGCCAAGUAGGAGAGUGACAGUUGUAGAGAAGGUGGGCAUAUUUGUAUAUACACUUGCUAUGGGCGCUUCAAAUAGAGAUGUUAGAGAGCGGUUUCAACAUUUUGGCGAGACUAUUAGUAGAGUAUUUCACGAAGUUUUGGAAGAUUGUAUUGGAUAUAUUGAUGGUACUCAUAUAGCUGCAUGUAUUCUUGAGGCUGAUCAAAUGCGUUAUAGAGGUAGAAAAGGAAUCUCCACCUUCAAUGUCAUGACUUGUUGUGAUUUUGAUAUGUGUUUCACAUUUAUAUCUGUUGUAUGGGAAGGAUCAGCACAUGACACACGCGUUUUUUUUCAUGCCAUCAACACACCUGUGUUAAAUUUUCCAAAGCCUCCUGAAGGUAGAUAUUAUUUAGUCAACAAGAGAUACCCUGAUAGAGAAGGAUAUUUGGUGCCUUAUCCCAAGAUAAGGGCCAACUCACAAGAUGAUGCAAUGUUUAAUGUUCUUGAUCAACAUCCAAAUUACGUACCUCAUGAUGCAUUUCGAGAUACUGCUGAUAAUUCUCAAGAUAGUGAAAGACCCGAGGGGGGCGGGGGUCACGGAGAUCAAAUAAGGUGA